AUGAGCUUCACAUCUCCCACCGAGCAGUUCAAAAGCUACCAGGCUUUUGGUUCUGUGUCUUCAUCGUCGAAACCGCCUGCUCAGUCCCUCUCAUCAAGAGUUGACUUCAGCGACCAAUCAUACGAUAUGCCUUACUUUGCAGGUUCUGAUGUUUCUGUGUCCAACCUUCAGACGGCGAGCACUGCGUUGAAACAGUCCGUCGCGGACGUUCCUCGGGGCUUUACACCGAAGCAAUUAUCAGACACUCAAAAGACAAAGAGCUUUGAUAAGAAGAGACUCUCCAGAAUUCCCAAUACUUCUCAACAAGCUCAGCCUUCGCAGCCUCUCAAAGCCGAGAUAGAUUACACGGGAUUCCUGGAGAGCCUCGAGUUUCCCUCCAUCGCGGACCACAAGAUUGGUCAAGGCUCUGGAGAUCUAAGCACGAGUCAAUGGUUGGUUCAAGAAGCUCUCUUCACCAGAUGGAAGACUUCCAACGGGCUGCUUUGGCUAAGAGGUUCAGAAGGGAGUGGAAAGUCAGCUUUGAUGAAGCAAGCUCUUGAAUCAUGCCAGGGCCCAAGUUCAAUUCACCUGGCCUAUUCUUUCUCUCCUUCUGGAGACGAGGCUAGAACACGCCUAGGCCUAUUCAAGUCGCUUCUACGUCAAUUGGUCCCUCAGGCACCAGAGGUCUUCAAAGGCAUCAAGGAGAGGUUUGACAAGAUCCAGUCUUGCUUACCCCCUAAACAACAAGUAGCCUGGAACACACAAGAACUCUUCGACGAGCUGAUCAAAGUUAUUUCAAAGAUACUAAAAACUCAUUCGGUCUCCAUCUAUGUCGAUGGUAUCAAUUACUCGGAAGGCGAAACGGGUCCCAAGCUUGUGCAAGACUUUUCCAAGUUGGUCGAAAAGUCUCAGAUUCCCACCAAGGAUCCUACCACAACUCAGAGACUGAGAAUCAUCUUUUCUAGCACGCCUUAUCCUAUGAAAGAUCCCUUUCCGAGAUCGUGUAUUCAAGUUGACGAAAAGAAUGGACCAAGUUUGAGAAAGCAUUUGGAAGCGCAGCUCUCCAAUAUCGAUCUCAAUACACAACGUCUAGUUUCCACGAAGGCUGGAUCUUCGUUCAUCUCGGCUCGUUUGAUUGUGAAUCACAUCAAGCUGUUCGGACCUGGGCAGUCAUCCCUUGUCCAACAGCCGUCGCCUACACCUGCGCCAAUCUCUUUCUUGCUAGGCGCUUAUUUCCAGGACAUGGCACACCAGGGUAAUAAUGGUCUCCUUUCACUAUUCAGAUGGAGUUGCUUGUCAUCGAGGCCACUUAGCUUGCCUGAGCUUCGGGUCGCUUUGGCUCUCGAUGCCCUCCCUAAAACCGUUUCCAUCAAAGAAUUGUCACAGACAGAGUACUUGACGCGAUUUGGUUCUGAUGAGAGCUUCCAAUCCUGGAUCAAGACUACUUCUUGGGGUCUUCUUGAAGCUGUGACUGUGGGCGGCCAGAAGGUUGUGAAGCCUAUGCAUGACAGCGUGUCGGAUUUCUUUAUCUCAAAGGGUUUGGAUAUUCUUUCUUGCAAAGCUCAGUCUGUAGGGGCCACUGUCUCUCCUCUUCAGCAGGCUCAUCAUUCCAUCGCCAAUUGCCUCGUGCGAUAUCUUACAAUGCUGUCCAAAGAACCGAGAUGGGAGUCUAUGGCUCGCACAGAUCCAGCACUACGACUUGUGGGAUACGCUGCUAGCUGGUCUUAUCACAUCAAUUCUGCAGGCUUGGGAAAACCAGAAGCCUCAAAGCUCCUGAAGGUGCUAGGUUGGCCGUCAGAUCAAACGCUCAAUGUCUUGGUCAGACUUGGUCUCGGCGAUCUCCAGGGGAUACUGUGGACUCAUUUAUUUGCCAUAUAUGGCCAUGCUCACUUCCUAUCAGUCGCUGUUAGAAAAGCUGGAAAUGAUGUCCUUGAUGUCCAGGAUCGACAAAAGAGGACGCCUCUGCACCUGGCUGCUCUUCAUGGCCACUCGACUGUAACAAAGCAACUUCUCAAGUCGGGAGCAAAGACGAACGGUCAGGCAGUUGGCGGGGAUACAGCUCUUCACUUUGCGGUUCUUCAAGGUCACCAAAAUAUCAUGAAGUACCUACUUGAGCGUGACCCGAAUUUGAUCACUGUAACAGAUGGUCAGUCGCAAACGCCACUGUUCUCAGCCGUCUUUCGUGGAAGCUCGUCUGCAGUGAAACUUUUACUUGACAGGAGAGCCGACCUCGGGGCUCUUGACAAAUACGGCAACUCUGUCCUACAUCAUGCUGUGAAAACAGAAAAGUCCAGUGUCAUAAGGCUGAUUUUGGAUAGUGGCUUAGAUGUCAAUCGACAGAAUGCCCAAGGUCGUACCCCUCUACAUCUUGCCAUCGUUGGAGACCACUCUUCUGCUGUCAAGGCUUUGCUUGAGAGACGUUCUCGAACGGAAAUUGCAGACAAUCUGGGCAGAAGAGCUCUCCACGAGGCAGUUUUGUCUGGUAACAAAGCCUGUACCCAACUUCUGUUGAAGCACAGAGUGGCUGUUGAUGCAAGGGAUAACGAUGGUCAGACGGCACUCGUAUAUGCUAUUCAAGGCCGCCGCGGGAGCCUCUUGAAGCUUUUACUUGAGGGUGGUACCGAUAUCAAUGCUAUGGACAAGUAUGGUUUCACAAUGAUCAUGAUUGCUGUUCAAGCGUCUGACGAGAAACUCACCCGCAUCCUGCUGGAAAAGAACCCGGAUCUUGAUCGACUAAGUCGCGAAGGACACUCCGUCGCUUUCUAUGCCGUUUUCAGAGGGAAAGCAGUAUCCUUUCUAUCUGAAGAAGAACAGUCGAUCGCUUCGUUGCUCUUCAGACGCUAUCAGAAAAGGUAUCAGGUUUGGCAUCCUGAGUGGAAGGAGUGCCAACAAGAGUUCAUGGCCAAACAUGGGAAGAAAAAAGACGCAAGCAGUAACAUGAAGAGUAAGACCGAACCUUCCAAGGUUAAGAGCGCCCCUCUACCAUCCAAAAAUGAUGCUGCUCCAAAGUCUCGAAGAUCAUCCAAGGUCCCGUCCAAUAUCGUCUCAAAGAAACCCAUCAGUGCCUCUCAACCCUGGGCUGAUGAGCUUAAGAGACCACAAGAGGCUCAAGGACCUCCUAAGCCUGUACCACAGAAUGAAGUGUCAGGAAAGUCCCAGAGCCAGAGUGAAACCCAGAUUCAGAACGAAAAUGGACCUCAGGCGACGGCAAAUACAUCCGCCCCUGUAGCCCCUAUCAAUCCAGUGCCGAAGGUCUCUGCUGGAGUGCAAGGAAACCAAAUGAAUACCCCCAGCAACUCUAUGGCAGCAUCAGGAAAGCCAGGAAUGCAGCAAGUUAGACCAGUUUCGUCCUUCGCUAGUUACCAGCCUCCCCGGGGCCCCAGCGGGAGUGAAAGUGGAAGUGCUUCAGAUGCGAAAGCCAAGGAACAGUCCUCAAAGCCUCCCCAAGCUCCUUAUCCUGGCGGCUCCUCUUCUACUGUUCCAGCAAAAGCCCCCAUGGUACAAAGAGGAAGUUGGGAUAUUUACAGUUCCCUUGCAUCAGGAUCUCCAGCACCUGCUCAGACCGUACAGUCUCAGAAGGCGUAUGUCCCAUAUCCCGGUAUGCCCCAAACAAGUCCGGCUUCAGCACAGUCCUUUCAGACGUUCCACCCAUUUUCCGCCGGUCAAGCCCAAAAGACUUCUUCACCCUCACCCUCAGCCCCAGUGCCUCUGAGCCAAUUCGAGAAGAGGUAUUCUGUACCUUCGCUUAAUUCUUGGGGGCAACCUGGAAGUAGUGGCUCUGCCUCUAGCUCUCCAGCUAGCCAGAAUACACCAGUACAGCCAUAUCAAGCAUUUGGAGCCGCGUCUCAAAAGCCGAAUAUGUCACAGCCACAGAUUAAUGUGCCUUAUCAGAAGCCUGCAAAUCCAGUAGCUACAACCAAACCUCCUAUGCCUCAGGUAGUACGUAAACCUGUUGGAGGAAAGCCUGUGGUGCCGGCUGAGAAGUCCACUCAGCAAUCUUCCUUUCUUCCGUGGCAGCAACCGCAAGCUCCACCAAGUACGACGCAGUCUACGCCAGGGAAGCAAGGUGCAAGUGGCCCGGUGCCAUAUCUAUCAAGCAAGCCUCCGGCCUUCUCUACUGAUACAUCACAGCCUGCACUUACCAAGGACCAAGUUCAUACUGCGACGACGCAAGCUCCACCAGUAAAGCCUCAAGCUCAAGGUGGUAUGCCUCCCCGAAAGCCUCAAGCGGCUCCUGGGGUAGUACAGCCCCGGACGACCAGGCCCCAAGGACAGACUCAGACUCACCCGCCGAGUGGAAAGACAGCUUUCGUACCAUCCAAGACUCACACUCCCCGUGGAGCAACACAACCUCAAGUUGCCAAACCUCAGCUGCAGCCUCAGGCUCAAACCGGCAAGCCAGCAUCAGUACCACCCAAGUCUCAAACACCAACUGGCGCAGUACAACCUCAAAUAGCCAAGCCUCAGGCACAAAAUGGAAAGGCAGAGCCCCAUGUACACAAGAUGCAGGGUCCCCCAGGAACCUCGCAGAUUCCAUCAGGGAAGCCUCAGAGCCAGGGAGGUUUGCCUUCACAGAAACCUCAAGUAUCUACUUCGAAGGUCCAAAGCCAACCAGCAAAGCCUUCAGUUCAGAAUGAUACAUCUGCACAGAAGCAGCCUGCUGUCCCUAAGCCUUCUCUCGUAGCCCCUGCAAAACCUUCCGCUACCCCUACCCAGACUCAAAAGUCAACUCCCGAUCAGAGAAAGGCUGUCUCAUCGCAUACUGGACCAGGCCCUCAGGGUGCCAAGUCUGCUUCAGGUAUUCCAGUACAAGGAAGUUCUGACCAGAAACCCCAUCAGUACAUCGACAAGAACUCCACGAUAUCUUCAGUACCUUAUUAUCUUGAAUCCUCCUAUCGGGGACAAUACGGCGAACAGACGCAUACCUCAACUUUUACGUCAACCAAAGAAUUUCCAAACAGCUACGACCCAAAUACACAACAGACGGGUACGAGUAGUAUGUCCAGUGGCAAGAUGGCUGCAGCUGCCGGCGUUGGCGUCUUGGCUGGAGCCGCUGGUGGUUAUUUCCUGUCUUCCGAGAUUCGUGAAGAUCACUCUAAUCCAAGCAUCACCGAUGAUAACAGCUAUAUCCACAUGGAUGCAGGUAUGGGCCAGCAACCUGCAUAUGACUCGGAUGGGGAGUCGGAAACACGUGUGGAGUUGUCAGAUCAUUCUGAGGAGUUUUCUGAGUCCGAAAACGAGGCCAACUCUAUCAACGACAGUGGCUCCGAUGGUUUUGUGUCCGAUGAAGAGUAUGAGCUUUCAGACUCCGAGGUUUCUGUAGGUCAAGCUUCAUCCGAUGAUGAGAUCUCGGAGUGGGGAGAGUCAGACGCAGAAUCGAUUCAUGACGACUCGGAAUCUGAUGAACUUGGUCUGGAUAGUCCAUACAUGUCCGCCGACUUUACAGAUAGUGAAGCUUCAGAAGCAGAGGAUCUUGGUGCUCGGGACUUGCAAGCUGAGUCGGGUAGUGACCUUGACACAGACCCAGGCCAAGCUAGUACUGACGACUCCGAAUCCGAUGAGAAAGAGUCUGUUAACAAUGAAUCUGAGGAUGAGCUCGACGAAUCCGUUCAGUCUAUGGGAUUUCAGCAACAGAGUUACAUGGGCCAGCAGUAUCAGCAACCGGGGUACUUGAAUGAACAAUACCAGCAGCCCAUACCUGAAGAGCCCGCAUACGAGGAAAAUGUCCAGCCAAACUUCCAACCUCAGUAUCAGCAACAAGGUUAUUUCAAUGGCCAAUAUCAGCAACAGGUAGCUCAGCAAAGCGAUUCAGAAGAGGACGAACCGCAAGGUAUUCACCAACAAUAUCAACAGCAAGGUUACUACGAUCAACACAGUCAAGUAGCUGAGCAAACUGAAUCGGAAGAGGAUGAGCCACAGAAUCUCCAGGCUCAGCAGAAACAACACUAUCAGGGCUACUAUGGCGGCCAUCCGCAGGAACAAGCGCCUGAACAAAGCGAAUCUGAAGAAGAGCCCUAUCAACAACAGUAUCAGCAGCAGGGUUACCACAGUGGGCAGCAUCAACAGCAAGCAGUUCAACAGUACGAUUCUGAAGAUGAAGAAGGGCACCAGGUUGCACAAGGAUCCGUUAAUUAUGAUAGAGACCAAGAGGUUGAGAGUGAUCAAGAAGUGAAUAAUGGCUAUAGCAGCGAUGAGCAGGAUCAGCAGGCUACCGACGGACAAUACAGUGGAGGAGGCUGGGGCAACAACUAUGAUUCUGAUUAUCAGUAG